AUGGCGAGAGUAAGAAAAAAAUCUACUCCCGAAGAAGAUGAACAAGAGAAAAUACAAAGGAAAGGGAAACGGAAAUUAGCUUCUACCGUCGACGACGAUGAUGAUGAAGAGAUGGAUGAGUUUGAGGUGGAUGGGUUUUUAGUUUGUAGUGAUGAAGAUGAGGAAGAUAGUGGUGAAGGAGAUAAUUCUAAGCAAUCACAAAAGAAGAAAAAGAAAAAGAGAUCGUCGAAAAACAUUGUUCUUGACGAUGAUGAUCUUGAGUUGAUCCGUGAGAACAAGAAAAAAAUGAAUGAUGGAAAGCUCAAGAGGCUUAAAAAGACUGGUGGCAGAGUUACCGAGCCGAUGGAACAAUCUUCUGAUGAUGAAGGAUCUAUUAAUGAUCUUUUCGAAGAGUCUGAUGAUGCUAAAGAUGAUAUGUCAGAUUUUAUAGUGGACGACAGGCCUGCUAUCUAUGGGAAGGGAGAUUCUCUCAGACCAAAAAAGUUUAAAGGCAUGAAACAUUCAUCUUCACUUUCAAAAGAAGCCAAACGAUCUGGCAAGUCAGGCAAUGAUCCUAAAAAUAUGGACGUAGCUGGAGAGGGUAGCUCUGUCGCUGAUUCAGACUUACCUGAGAGGAUACAGAUGAUUGAGGACAUUGUAGGAUCUAUUCCUGUUGACAGAAUGAGUAUUGAAGAAGAAAGUUCUUGGAUACUACGCCAACUUGCAUCCAACAUAAAUCCAUUGUUCAGUGAGGCCAAAUCCUGUGGACUAGGUGAUUCAGUAAAUAGGGACGAUAUUGUUAGGUUCUUGGAAUUGUAUCAUAUAAAGAAAUAUGAUAUUCCGUAUAUUGCCAUGUACCGUAAAGAACAAUGCCCCAGUCUUCUGAGAGAUGGUAAACAUGAUGACUCGGAAAGCACUUUAUUGAAUGAUGGUGAGGGAAAACCUAAACUGAACUGGCACAAGAUACUCUGGAUAAUCAAGGAAUUGGACAUAAAAUGGCUACAUCUUCAGAAACGAAAGAGCAUGCUCCAAAGAUACUAUAACAAACAUUUUGAGGAUGAAUGCCAAAUGUCUUUCCUUGCCGAAGAAUCCAGUUUCCACAAGCAGAUUUUUGACUCGGUCACCAAUAUGCUCGAGAAAGCUGAAACUGAGAAAGAGAUUGAUGACGUUGAUAUGAAGUUUAAUUUGUAUUUUCCACCAGCUGACGAGUUCUUAAGUAGUGGUUAUAAAAGGCCUCUGAUGAAGACAUACUAUUCCGAUUGCAGAAAGGCAGGAUUGUCUUCACUUGCUAGGAAAAUUGGAAAUCCUGAGAAAUUUAGUUCUCUAGUUAUUCUUAACAAGGUGGGAAUUGCCAGUGAAGAAGAUCCAGAGGAAUCUCCAGAGGAGAUGGCUGCAAUAUAUACUUGUGAAACUUUUCAAACUUCAGAAGCCGUACUUAAAGGCGCCAGGCACAUGGCUUCCUUGAUGUUAAGCUGUGAGAUACCUUUCAGGAAACAUGUCCGCAGCAUAUUUAUGGAUAAGGCUUUAGUAUCAACUAGCCCUACAUUGAAAGGAAACAUAGAAAUAGAUUCCUUUCAUGAAUUUGCUGGAUUUAAGUGGCUGAAGGACAAACCUCUCUUGAAGUUUGAGGAUUCUCAAUGGCUUCUCAUUCAGAAGGGUGAAGAAGAGGAACUUCUUAAAGUUGAAAUAAAGUUGCCUGAUGAUGCUGUUGAGGAGUUGAUGGCAGUCUUCAACGAUGCUUAUCUCAAAGACAGUGAAGGAACAUCUACUCAACUUUGGAACGAUCAGCUUUUGGAACAGAGUCUCUGUGGCACCGUAUCUAAACAAUGA